AUGUUUGCCGCGGAGUUCAAGAGGGAACCCGUGCCUCAGGAGUACAACUUCCUGCAUCACGUUCACAGCCUGUUCGGGAAGACCUUCGAGAAUGAGGGCCACCCUCAGGCGAGGAGGGCAGCCAUGCAGGAGAAGCUGCUGGCAUACCGACUCCUGGUCUCCGAGCAGAUGCUGGCCCAAGGGCUCAGCAAUGUUGGGGACAGUCGACGCAUGGAGCGCUUCUUUGGGAAGCUGCUUAGAGGAGAGCCGGUAACAAUGGUGACCCUGGGGGGGAGUAUAUCGGCGGGGCAGGGGGUGACUGUGUCGAGCGACGCUUAUAUCCCUCGCAUCUACGAGUGGGUCAGCAGCGUGUUCCCGCACAAAAACCACAGAUUUCUCAAUCGUGCGUUGCCCGGCACCACGUCAUCGUACGUAUCCCCCUGCGCGCUGCAAAUGGUCCCCCCAGAAGCAGACUUUGUGAUGCUAGAGUUUACCUUCAACGAUGCAGAGCGCGCGUCUGAAGGGCGAGAUGACCCCACCCGGCGCGGCUUUGAGCGGCUGAUCCGCAAGAUGCUGAAUCUGCCCAACCGGCCGGCGGUCAUGUAUUUCCACGUAUGGACCCCUAGGCGCCUGGGAUUCAAAUUCUACGAUUCCCCUGAGAACCUGAUAGAGAUGGUGCCCGAGUAUUAUGGUCUCCCGUCCAUAUCCAUGCGGAAUGCGCUGUACCAUGUUGUGGCGAACUUCACAGUGCCGGCCGACUGGUUGUGGCGCUCGGACAUCAACCACGCCAAUUGCCUGGGCCACAGGUACAUGGCGGACUUGAUCAUCGGCUAUUUCCAGAACAUAGCGCUGCAUGCGCUGGACCACCCGUCCGACGGCGUUGCCUUGCAGCAUGAGAGCGCCGUGCGCGAAGCACUGCCGGAGCCCAUGUUCAAGGACAACUGGGAGACGCACGCGAGCCACUGCCGCGUGGACGCCAACUUCAAGGCGCUCGUUGGCCAGGCACAGGAUUGGAGGUGGGUGAAUGAGGGCAAAUCGCCGGAGCGGCCCAAGUGGGGUUAUGUCACGGAGAAGGAGGGGGACAGCCUCACAGUCAGGGUUCCCACGGAGGGGUUUACGCCGGUGGAGGGGGAGCCGAUCGAUCAUGCACCGCUGACCAUCGGCGUGAGCUGCCUCAUGAGCUACGAGCACACUGGUGCGGUCCUGCUGGAGUGCGAGGAGGGGUGUGUGUGCAAGCCGCGCGAGUACAGCCUGCGCCACUGGAACCACGUGUCCCUUGUCUACUGGAAGCCCCUGUUAGAGGUCUCGCUUAGUAACGACACGGACCACUGCACCGUCCGCGUCAGCAACCCUGUGCGCAAUUCCAGCGACAGCAAGCUCAAGGUGAGCGGGGUAAUGAUAACUCGCGAGGACUUCAUGGUCAGCAUCUUCGACUACAACAAGGACGCCGAAGAAGCCGAGCGCGCCGAAAAGGCGGCCCCAGCGGGGGGGCCCGGCAGUGGCGUCGGUGGUCCCCCGGGUUCCCCCGGUGCCACCGUGUACCGGAACCUCUCCGACGGGCGCGGCUGCGAUGGCGCCAGCGGACGGUCCGCGGUGGGCCGCGGGUCCUUCCGCUGCGAGGAGUGGGGGAACCGGUUCCCUGGCUGGCAGUGGGUGGUCCCGGCAUGGCUCAUAGCGGCGGUGCUGGCUGCAGCGCUCGUGUGGGACAAGCAGACGUGGCUGGGCGGCCUGAUCAGGCAGUGUUCGAGGUUGAAUUUGAACUGGCCGCACGCGCGCAGGCGGCUGCUGUGCUGCGGCGAGGGCGGCGCCGUCGGCAAGUGCGAGGCGUGA